GCAGUCAGUGGGUGGGAUAAAUGCUGAGAGCUUUGCGGGCCAGGCGUGUUUUGUAAGUGUCCUGGAGGGAGGGGAGGAGGCCACCAAUGAUCUUCUCAGCUGCUCUCAUUAUGCGCUGCAUGGUCUUCCUUGCAGGAUGCAGUGCAGCCGCCGUACCACACAGUGUUGCAGCUGGUCAGGAUGCUCUCGUGGUUCCACGGUAGAGGGUGUGCAUGAUGGGGAUUGAUCUUUUCAGCGUGCCGGAGUAAGUAGACGCGCCGCUGAGCUUUGCUGGUCAGUGAUGCGGCGCUGCACAUCCAAGAACCUGGUGCUGCUCACUCUCUUCACAGCAGCACCGUUGAUGGUCAGUGGUGGAGGCCCUUUUGGAAGUCGACAACAAUCUCCUUCGUCUUCUCCACAUUAAGAGAAAGAUUGUUGUCUCAGCACGUCGUCCCUGUAGUUUCACUCAUCGUUAUCGUUGAUGAGCUCCAACACAGUAGUGUCAUCCGCAAACUUGGCGAAGAGGUUGGUGUUGUGCGUUGGUGUGAAGUCAUGGGUCAGCAGGGUGAAGAGUAUAGGGGCUUAGCACGCAUCCUUGGGUGGCCCCUGUGUUCAGCAUGAUGGUGCAGGAUGCGUUGUUGCCGACCCGGACUGCCUGUGGUCUUCCGGACAGGAAGUCCAACAACCAGUUUCAGAGUGAAGUGUUUAGUCCUAGACAGUCCAGUUUCUGUAUCAGCUGCUGGGGGAUGAUUGUGUUAAAAGCUGAACUAAAGUCUAAGAACAACAUCCUCACAUAUGAGUCUGUAGUGUCCAGGUGAGUGAGAGCUAUGUGGAGGGGACCGGUUGGCCCGAUAUGCAAAUUGGUAGGGGUCCAGGCAAGGUGGGAGGAUGGAGUUUAUGUGCUGCAUGAUUAACUCAAAGCACUUCAUAAGAACUAAAAGUAAAUGAGGAAUUGUCUGUUUGUGAAAAAUGCUUUUGGCUGGUGUGUAUCUGUGCCAAACACUGUCAUAGAUCAGGUUAUCGCUGAUCUAUGACGCUUCACUGACUACAAAUCAAGCCCUUCAUCACCGCUUUGAAAUAUGGACACAUGACUGGCAUGCAAAGUAAAGGAUGUGGUAAACUGUUAAAGAUCAAGCUCUUGCUCUCAAUUUAAGUUCUCUAAAAUAUGAAAUACUCAUUAGGUGGAAACCAUUUCACAGUCAGCGCAUAUAUAUAAACUCACUAACCAUAUUUAUUAGUUCAUCAUAGACUCACUUUAGAUUACUUUGAUGUUAUCUUUUCAGUUAAAAACAAACAAACAAGAAAAACCGAUGUAACUUCCUGGAAACAAGCAAUGUGGCAAGGACUUAAUAUAGGAAGUCUCCCCUGAGAGUAAAUCAGUCUCUAUCUGAAGAGAAGACAAGCACCUUCGUCAAGAGAAGAAAUCGUACUAACUGCCGUCCAGAAGACGAUGAAUAACUCAAAUUGUUCAGUCAACCGUGAGUUUAUAAAAAGGUUCCUGGUUCCUGUUUACAGCUCAGUCCUUAUCAUCGGUCUGCUGGCUAAUGGAUGGGGAUUGAAGUCUUUGCUGCAGAACUGGAACAAACUAGGUAACGUGAACGUGUUUGUUCUCAACCUUGGACUUACAGACAUUCUGCACCUGCUCACACUCCCGUUUUUGAUCGUGUACUAUGCCAUGGACCGUAAUUGGAUCUUUGGAGAUGCGUUGUGCAAGAUAACAAGAUUCUGCUUCAACCUGAAUUUAUAUGGCAGCAUUGGGUUCCUCACCUGUAUAAGCGUGUACAGAUACCUGGCCAUCGUUCAUCCAAUGAGGGUGAUGGGAAGAAUAACUGUCACCCAUUCUGUGGCUAUCUCAGUCAUGGUUUGGCUCUUGGUGAGCGUUCAAAGUCUUCCGAACAUGUUCUUCACCAAAACUUUGGAAAACAACACCAAAGAAUGCCUUCACACCCGUGACAAUGACGUUGAGCGUUACCUGAAAUACAACCUUGGAUGGGCACUCACUGGAUUUUGUAUCCCAUUGCUCAUCAUGCUGGGCUGCUAUGGACACAUGAUCGUCGUUAUAUGCAAGACAAAUCGCAUUGACAAGGUACUGAAACAGAGAAGUUUGAAGUUGUUGUUCAUCACGAUUCUUCUCUUCUCUGUUUGUUACAUCCCCUAUUUUGUAACCAGAAAUCUCAAACUCUGGUCAAGAGUUCUGACUAAACAGAAUAAUUGUCGCGGAUGGUUUAAUGGAGUCCAGUUUGCUCGUCAGAUAAGUAGUGGCCUUGUGUGUAUGAACAGCGCUCUCAACCCUCUGGUUUACCUCCAUGGAAAUGAAAACAUUGGUGCUCAGCUCAUGCAGCUCCUCCAGCGAGCCUGGCAAGCUGUCAUGCAGCUGUUCAACCGACGUAGUCAUGUUCCCGUGGUGCAGAUUAUCUGAUAUGUGAAUGAAAUUGCAGAAUUGUAUUGCAUUAUUGAUUAUUGUGUUUGAGCUAUGUGGCUGUCAUAUUGUUGUUAACAUGCAAAAUAACUAAAAAAUAAAGUUAU